GCCCUGUGCCUCUGUUGACCCUGGGCCCUUGCCAAAUCCAGUCGAGGGCGAUGUGAACAGGUCUGUGGGGCUUCAGUAUUGUGUAACAGAUGGUUCUCUGAGAUGACAGGCCAUUGGGGAGGCCCCCGACACCAUGGGGCCACGACCAGGCUGCUGGAGAAAGCUUGGGUCCCUCUCGGCGCCAUGUUUGUGUUGUGCAUCCUCGCAAUGUAUGUGUCGCUGCCUGGUCUUCCUGCACUUUCUCCAGCCGAAUUCUGGUCUGGCGACAGGUCUGCUGUCUUGUCGCUUGAUGGUAGAGCCGGGGAAGUCGGCACGGAGAGAGCUGGGGAUGAAAGCUUUGGGUUCACCGGCACAGGGUCUCAUGGCGCGAAUGAAGCUGAAUUGGCUGGGGCAUCAGGCCACCACUCCAUGCUGGACAAGUUGCGCAGCGGACGCAAGCUGCAUAUCCGGAAUGCUUCUGUGGUGGAUAUGGGGGCAAGAUCUCAACUGGCAGAGGAGUCUAGUCAAAGCAGGCCACCUCAAAAGGCCACUAAUCAAGGCACCGGCAUUCGUAAGGAGGUGCCAAACUUGGAAUCUUUGAGCUUGACAUUCAGCACCAACCUGCUCUCAGCUCUUAGUCCGGAUUACUUGGCCAAGAUGCACAGUAGCUACUCUGCAGCCAACGGCAGCAGGCUUCUCAUCAUGAACGCUCAGCACGGGCUUGGGAACAGGCUGAGAGCUCUUGGCUCAGGUCAAGCAGUUGCGGCCGCUUCAGGGCGCCACUUCCGCCUGGUCUGGAUACCGGAUGUGCACUGCGGGGCACGCUUUCAGGAUCUCUUUGAUUGCCCUGACCUGGAUGUGUGGGACGAGCUCGAUGAGAGGGAGGUGAAUGAGUCCAACUUUGACAAGUACAACUACAUGGAGAAUGAGGAGGGAAGCAGGAAGGACCAGGGGGUGGUUACGAAGUCUGCCAAUCACAUCUACGUCAAGUCUGCGUAUCGGUUGCGCAGCGACCGGCGUGUCGUUACAGAGGACUUGCGCAACGCAUUGGAGACCCUCCGUCCCAACAAAGCCGUCAUGCGGCACAUCACUCAGGUCCAGCAAUCUCUGGACAAGAUGAGUCUCGGAAGCCUGCGCAAAGCCAGCUUUGGCAGAAACAAACUACAGAUUGCUGAGCAAACGCGGAGCCCGUACAUAGGAGUUCACAUUCGGAGCAAUCAGCCUGACCAGGAGCCAGCAUUGAAUCUGCCUGAGAAUGCUUACACGCCAGAGGCUUGGGCCACCAUAAAGCGGAUGAGGAGCUUGACUCGACUGGAUCUUUUCGCUGGGGAGAUUGAGCGGCUGCUUCGAGCGGAUCCCACUCUCCGCGUCUUCCUGGCGGCGGACAACUCGGACGCCUACACAACGAUCCAGAAAGCGAUUGGCAGGGACAAGGUGACGUGGCUGGAGAAACAUGGGUGCCUGGACCGGCGGCCGCAGUGUCAGCAACUCGCCCUGGCAGACAUGUACAUACUCUCCCACAGCAGCCAGAUUCUAGGCAGCCUCUGGAGCUCCUUCACGGAGGUAGCGGGUCUGCUGAACAACGUGCCCGUGCGCAUUGCCGGCCGUGAUUUCUUCCUUCCCUCGCCAUCACGGGAUGCCCCGGUGUUGUGCAACCCCAGCUCGAUGGACCACCCUGGCCGCUUUCACGGGACCUCCCUCUUCACAGCGGUGAUGGGGAGGCAAGACGCCCUAGCAAAGGUAUUGCCGUCGUGGUUGAGAGUGCGGGGAAUCGACGAAAUUGUCGUCGUCGAUUGGGGCUCUGAUAUUCCGCUGCGGCCGUUCAUCGAGUCGUAUCAGGACGGGAGGAUCAAGGUCGUCGAGGUUCCCGACGAGACGUUGUGGGUCCUCUCCCGUGCCAUGAACCUGGCGGCCCGCCACACAGCUGGCAAUCGGAUGCUCAAGGUGGACUCGGACACCUUCCUCGAAGAGGACUUUUUGGAGGCACACCCGUUAAACGAGACCGGGAAGGCGUUCUGGGCGGGAAAUUGGAAAACGGCGCGGAAUCAGAACGAGAAGCACCUCAACGGCGUCGUCUACUUACCACGCGCCGAGUGGAUACUCGUCAACGGCUACGACGAGUGCGUCGUAUCGUACGGCUGGGAGGACGAGGACCUGUAUCGACGGCUGGGAAUGCACGGCAAUGUGCGCCAAGAUUUCGACUUCACCAAGUUGCGCCACCUGGAGCAUGGGGACGCGCAGCGGAUUGCGAAGCAGCAGCUAGGCGACCGGGGGAGCGCCCCGCCCUGGCAGGCGCACAUGAACAUCAUCAUGAUCAAGAUUCUGAGCGGGAUGCUCACGCCCUGGGACCAAGGCGCCGAGGGUGCCCGAUACAACUGCAGCCAAGAGGAGACCUGGGUCUGCGAGUGCGCCGUCUACAGCGUGCCUCCCCACCUGGAAGACCUGGUUCCGCCGCACAGACUGCAGCUCGCGCAACUGGCGGCCCUGGGAGGAGAGCUUCGUUCGGUGACGGGAGCUGCGUUCGACGCCCCGACGUUGGCCAACGUCAAGUCAGAGGAGUGGUUCACCGAGCAGCUGCAGCUGCACUAUCCAGCGGACACUGGAAGUCCUGUCAUCGUGGCUCAGUUGCUGGGCUGCUGCGCAGCUCGGUUGGAGGGCCUGAUGAUCGCACGCCGCCUCGCUCUCCGCUGGACCCGGCCGCUGCGCAUCGUGUGGCAACCGUCCGAGCGCGACGGGUGCGCCGCCACUUUCUGGGACCUAUUCACACUGCGCAGCCGGCAACAUACCCGGACGGAUGUGCGGGAAGAGUCUGCUGAACGAGCAGAGGGAAAGUUGGGGACGACUUCAGAACGCGUGGAGAUUGAGUCUGGAGGACGGGAGUCGGUUGUCCGCUCGGCGGAAGGCGCUGACCGGACCGGUGUGUCUGGGGCGAGCGGAUCAGUGCGCGUGCCGCAAAUCAGCGGCCCACGUUCAGAUUCCGAAACCGACAAUUCCGAGCUCGACACGAGCGCAGAGUUCAACCUGGGCGGCGUGACUGCCGAGGUGACAGAGGCGUUUUACCUUUGGGAGGUAACGAACGGCCUGUAUGACGUCAUCGACACGGUGACCUCACCCGGAGUGGGCCUGCCAGAGCGGGAGCCGGGCCAGAAGCACGUGUUCCUGCGGCUGCGGGUGGCGGAGGGGGCAUCAGGGCCAGCAGUAGUGCAAGAGUUGAAGGUGGACGGAGCAAAAGCGGAGAUGGGAGAUGGGAACGGUCACAGUGAAGGCGCAGAAGGGGUUUCGGAAGCAGGAAUGGGGGCUGAUCGACUGAGCAAACGCUUAGCUGAACUGGGGCUUGAAGUAAAAGAGGGCGUCCCUCGUCCUUUCCUAACGAUGGGUGACUCAAGUCUAGGUCCAGGGAAGGAAAGAAAGCCCGAAAUGGGCAAUCCGGGAAGAGACUCUCCGGACGAGAGCGUGACGUCAGCAGCCUGCCGGGACCCAGGAGCGCUCCUCGUGCGCCUGGGGGGAUCCCCCCUGCAGCGCCUGCUCGGGCUGUCCAGUGCACACACCUUUGCGGCCGCGCUCGGGAGGCGGCUUGUCGCGUGGUGGCCGGCUGACGUGGCAAGCGCGGGGCUGACGUUUAAGGACGUGUUCGAGCGAAGCGACGUCGAGGUACGGACUGGGUCUGGCCCCGUGUUUUCUGGCGUCAGCAGGAGUGUUACCGGUUCUGGAGGCAUGAGGAGGCGUCGGGGGAGGGUCCUGUUGGAAGAGCGACCGGGUGAACCAGGCAACGAGGAUGGGCGGGAACCCGGGCACGUAGACGCGGAGGAUCACCAGAGAAAGAACAAGAUGCUCGCAGAGUUGUUGCAGCGAGUGGAGGCCCGAAGGGAGCUGGAAGCGAAAAAAGCCGCAUUGUACGGGGGAGGGGAGAGGGGGGGGCGGAAGAGGGCGGAGACGGGGAAUCGGAGAGGUGUUUCAGAAGCUGGGGCCAGGGCCAACAUUUUAAAUCCGGCUGAGCGGCUCGUUGAGGGUUUGAAGGAAAGCGCAGCGAAUGGGGAGAAAGUUGGAGCGGUUCGCGAGAUUGUCGAAAAGACGGCGGCGCAAGGCGAUGACUCCGGUCAGGAGGAGAAUAAGAAAGCUGUAGAAGCAGAAGGAGCAAAAGCAAGUCUUACCGUCGAACAAAGGCGGGAAACGGUCGAAUCAGAGGGAUUGUUCGACGCAGGCCGAUCCUCAAGUCGGUUCCCACCUAAUGAGCCGCAAGUGAUGUCGAGCGCUCCGGCAGACGAAGGCAAGGCUCGUAUGGACCCGAUCGGAAUGCUGGACUUGGACAAUACCGGGCAACCUCUCCCGGUGCUUGAGCCCCUUCCUCGGGGGGGUCUAGCGUGGUAUGCUUGGGACCCCCCGGCAUGGGACUUGGGUGCCCCGGUUGUACCCCUGGCGGCUGCGGUGGGGAAGCACCUGCUGCUGAAUCUCAAUGGCACGCUACCCGCGUUGGGAGACCAUUUUGCCUCCGGGGGGGUCCCGGGUUGGAAACACAGAACGUUGCAGCCCGCGCAAGGGUUAGCCGAUGCAGUAACCAAAGUGCGGAAGGCACUGCUAAUAGACGGAAACAAAGACGAUGCCGGACAGGAUGGAUCUAGGGAGAAGGAUCCGGAAGGAGAAGUCGGUAUGCAAACAAAAGGCGAGCAGGGAUCAGUUGUUCUUUUCGUUAACGAUGAUACAAUGGGCGGCUGCGUGACGUUGGAUGCGGUCCUCGACCAGAUGCUGCAAUUGAUUCCGAAUCAAAACGAUCCUCAGGCAAAGUCACGGUUGUUAGCGCGGCUUAGAAUAGUGACACGUGGCAGCAGCGCCACGUCAUCGGGCUCGGUUGGAACAAUUAGAAGCACGCCACGAUCAGAGCUUGAAUUGGGUAGCAGCGGGCCCGAUGCUCCAGCUAGUCAAAAAGAAAGCAGUAUCUGCGUAGAGGCCACUGAGUUGGCUCGAAAGCUGGUCAAAAGCGCGCACAAACAGACCCAGCCUCUCUGUCUGGCCAUGCCAGAUUGCCCGCCCCCUUUGACACCGCCCGCAGACCCCGCUAGCGAGCAGGAUCUGACGCAGGGUGCGGACUCACUGCUUAAGCGCUCUAAAGUCGGUCAUAGGGAGUCCUCAAGCGAAGCGACCGCCAGGCAGGAAUGCCUCUUAGAAGAGUUGGCAAUUAUCAAGUUGGCGAGCGAGGGGGCUGAGCGCAUCUUCUCGUUUGAGGUUGCUGCCGCUAUCGACCUUGCAGUCGCUUGGGGUCCCGGCAGCAAGGGCUUUCAUCGAAUCGCCUGCUCAAAGACGCAACCAUAGAGCUAGAGUGUCCAAGUAUCAAGAGCACCAUUUGUAGGGGUUCGAUCAAUGACGAAAUGUAGGGUUAAUUUAUUGUUGAGCUGUCUUCUUGACGUCGUAAGGAAAAGAUUCAAAGGUUUACGUGGGCCCGAUGUAUUGGCGUUGUGAAGGUGG